UGGGGUUGUCCCUGACAGUCAGAAAGUGAGGGAUAUAUUAAGCACAGUAAAAAACCUCUCCCAUAUCACAUCUUGUUGGGUGUCUUUGUUGCCAUAAAAUUAUUUCGAGUGGGAGUAUGGAAUCUGUGCUUGAGGUGAAACGUUUGUAGUCGGUGAAAAACGAAUUCCAGAAAGAGGAAGUUAGUGUUUGAGUCCCAACACUGGGUGAAACUCGCUUAAAUCGAGACUACCUACCAAUGCAGUGGUUCUCAACGUGGGCGACAGCGCGCUGAUAAAUGGAGAUGUUGGAUGGGAACCGACGGCUGAUCCGCCACGAAUGGGAAAGCAGCGGCUGCAUGGAGGACGACGGCUGCGGAGAGCACGCAGGAUUACACCGACAGCACACCAUGAUUCAGUUUCUCCACCAGAAAGUGACUGGACUUCAGCGAAUGGCCCUGUUUUUAGCCGUGGUGCUCCUUCUGCUGUUCACAGUAGCUCUGGCUUUGCUGAUCGUGGUCGUGCACGGAGGGCGAGGUCAUCGCUUACCGGAGAGCCAGCCUAGCAGCCACUCACAAGACAUUAGUGUCAGACAGCACCAACAUGAAGUCUUCAAGAAUCCAAGCGCCAUGCUAACAGCUCCUAAAGGCAACAUCACUAAUGGGAAGUAUCUUGAAUGGGAAACUAUGGAUGGAAAUGCCUUCUGUCAUGGAGGUUUCAACUACUCCAGUGGGGACCUAGUGGUGCCCAGAAACGGCAUCUACAGAGUCUUCCUGCAGAUCACCUAUGAAAGAAAGGAAGACCACGGGUGUGAUCAUUUGGAUGAUGAGAUAAGACUCCGCAACAAGGUGUUUGUGUACCGGGAAACUUACAAGCAGUACAUGCUUCUCCUGUCAUCAGUCGACACAGUGAGUUGCAGCAUGACACAGUGGACUAAAUCCCUCUAUGCAGCUGGCUUGUUUUCGCUGGAGGCUAACUGCAGACUCAGAGUGACAUCAUCACACCCUCAACUUAUUGUUCCGAGAGAAUCUGAGAUGUUCUUCGGCGCUGAACUUCUGCCACAGUCAUCUGGUCAGGCAGCUGUAAUCACCUAAAUCUGAUUUUGAGGUUGUUUGUACCUUCAGCUCCAUGUGAACUUGGGGGAGAUGCAGUAUAGUUUUAUAGUUUCCUUUUACUACUGCUCAUGAAACGUCUAAACUCAGUGAUGAGUUUGCAGCAGCCAGCAGCUUCUAGUAUCUGCUUGACUGUCAGGUUUGCUUUAUCAAAUUGAAGUUAUAAGCAGAGUUGUCUUUAAAUCAUUAAUAACAGCUCACAGAGAAACACUGGUGCCUUGUGAUGAUUCAACUAUGACACACUAUAAGGGCAUGAAUAUUUUUCUUAAAACAUCCCUAACGUCCACAGCCUUUUGGCAGAAAAUGGACUGUCAGCUGUAUUAAACAUAUCUGAUAACUUCUUUUGUAUGUUGGGAAUAAAAGUAAGCAUUUUGUUAUCUUAUAUAAAAUCGACAAUAAAAGAAAAAGCACUUUAUCAAUUAGGAAAAAAAUAAUUUUCAUAGAUGAGGAUUUUCCCUCUUUCUUCUUUUAUAUCAUUGUCAAUUGAAUAUCUUUGUAAUUUGCACUGUUGGUCAGACAAAGGAAGCAAUCUGAAGACACCACCCUGGGCUCUGAACAUUGUGAUGGGCUUUUUUUUUUUUGUAUUAGAGUAUUAAACAAAUUAAAUUCAAAAUCUGUUAACCAAAACUUCUGAAGAGGUUGAUCUGGUGUCCUGACAAUGACACCGAAAGAAACGGAAGAGGUUUAUUCCCUUGGGAGUAGGCCCAGAGAUGUCAUGGCAAUCUGCUUAUUAGAUGUUCAUAUUUUUUGGUUACGAGUAGACAGAUUUAAGUUCAGAGGCUCAUCAAAAGCAAAAGGAUUCAUUCUAUGCAAAACAGAAUUCCCAAUGUUAGUGUUCGAGACAAUCUGUAUCAAUCAUUAGCUAGCUCAUUGGAUUCUGUUUUGCUAACAUUAUCAGAUGUAACUUGUUAGUUAACGAUGAAUGUAGAUUAACCAACUAACCACCUAAAUAGCCAGCGAACAACUGAUGUCAAUUAGCUAUCUAGUUGGCCAGUGUUUUGCUAACAUUAGCUGUCUAAGAUGUAUAUAUAUAUAUAGCUUUUGUUUUUUAACCAUUUUAAACACAUGGUUAUCCUUUCAACAUAGACGAGCUAAGUACAGGAAAAGGAAAGGAGGAAGUUGAUCGAGGUUCUGACUGAGGCUUGCUCACCUGUUAUUAGAGCGCAAAGCAAAGAGGGGCGGGAAGGGUCAGUAAGAAAUUUCAGAAGUUUCAUCUUUUGCCCCUGCUGGAAAUAGUGACCCCUGCCCUUAUUUAGUCUUUUUUCAGUGUUUGAACCAGGUCACAUUUUUUGAUAGCUGUUACUGAAAAUGGUUAACAGUGGGUCAGUCUGCUAAACACCCUGUGAAAGAUUAAAAAGAAGAUUAAAAAUGAGUCAGCAAUAUUUCAGCCAAGAGUUAUUAAUUGGAAACAUGUACACCACAUUAGUUGGUGUGAAGAAUAUUCAUUAAACAUAGGAGAUAAGACAGAAUUACAGUUAAAGCGCAAGAUCCAAGGGCAGAUUGACUCGAGGAGAAUGGGCAGAAAGACGAUCAGAUAUGGUGACAUAAAAAUCUGUGAAUGAAAGGAAUUUUGACAGCACUUUGUAACACUAGUAUUAAGUAAAUUAUUAGGAGAAGUCCAGUGAUUGGUCAUUUUUACAAUCCAAUGAGCUGAAUGUGAUCAGUGCUGUAGGACAACAUUGGUGAUGCAGUACACAGCAUUACGCUAACUUGAAUAAAUAAUCAUAGUGUGUAACCCCUGUGAGGCAAUACCAUACAAGGCUGAGUCACUGUGUUAUUAUUUGUACUUGCUUUAUAAUUCGUCGCCAUAGCCAACUCAGUGGGUUUGAUAAGGUUUGAGUGUAGUAAACAGUGCAGACUUACCGGAAAACUAUCACACAUAAACCCAGCCCACGCCCACACAAUCUGCUGCCAUGAUAACAUUUUUGUGGUAUGUCAAACGUGUUUGUCCAGUAAUAAGAAUGUGCCUUGAAGUAAAUGUUGCAAUUCAUGUUCUGUUCAAUAUGAUAUAUUCUCUUUUUAAAAUAUGAUCUAAUGAUAUUUAACAGCAGUAUGUCCAUGUGAGCAAUGUGCAGAGGGGGCAACAGUGUCAAAUAGGGUGACCAGAAAAGGAAAUUUGUACACUCAACUCACCUGUUGUAAAACUGAUCUAUGAUACAGAAUGUGCUGGAAAUGUAAAAUAGAUGAAGUACAUGCAAUAUGGUGAACACCACAGAUUAUGUAAAUCAGCUCUGUCUAAUAGGUGACGCAUGAGGAAUGACACAACACUGUGCUGUAGAUCUGGUGAAUGAUUACAAAGGUAUCAUUGUACACUGUUUUUCUUCUUAGCAUGGGGGUCACUGUAAGCUGAUAAACACAUUGAAAGGGUUUUUUUCUUUGGUGUUUUGUUGUUUUCUGUUGUAGAAGUAUGCUUACUUGCCUAUUUAACAUGGUUGAGGAUGUGUUUUGUUAUUUUUUUUUUUAUUAUUUAAUUAAUUGCUUUCUCUGUACCAAGUCAGUGCAAGGCAAAUGAUAGGCAAAAAAUGUCUAUAUUUUUAUGUAUGUUUUUCUAAAUGGAAAGUUUUUAAAAAAAACUAAUGAAAAAAAACACUGAGCAGUUUCCUUCUGUCUGUGGGGAGUAAAAAUGUGUGGGUGUUGACCAAAUGUUCCUCCAUAUUCCAAAUGUUUAACAGUUGGGGGAUUUGGGGCAGCCCCCAGGGCCUAUAAUCAAUAAAUAAGGGAGUGUCUCUUACGUCUUAGCUUACAUCCUGCCAAACCCAUUGUUGUUUAACCGAAGAAAUAUUUACAUUGUAAAGUAGCACCUGCAGUAAGAUAACCAUUGUUGUCGUUAUGUUACUGGGGGUCGCCAGCUUGUUACAGCCAUUAUAUUGUCGUAAUAUGGUUUCCUGUAGGCAUUUCUCACUUCCUGAGUGGAUAGUGAGCAGCCAGUGAUUCAUGAAUGAAUCAUGUUCUGGAAUUUUCUUUACACAAAUUGCUCCUGAUCGAGCUUUUUCAUGCCUCAAUGCUUUCCUCAGGAUAAUCAGGAUGUUAAAUCUAUAAAAGGCCUGUUUGACAAGCUGCGUGGUUUGCAGUAAUAUUCAGUGAAAACAGCACAAUUGUUUAUUUAUUGGAGUGUAAAAAGAAUGUUAAAUGGAUUAUAGUUUGUACUAUCAGUGGGAUGAGCCAGAUAAAAUAGAAAUGAAUCCUGCAGCAGGGAUAUGUGGGUAUGUUGCUCCUCACACUGUGGUUGUAAAAUAAUUCCCAGAGAUUUUGAAAAUAUGGGCCAUGACCACAUCUGUCUAUUCAUGGGAUAAUAAAAGCAAAUGCAGUUUUGCAAGUAAAAUUUAUCUAAA